AUGAGGAGUGGAACUAGGAGGGUAUUUGGCUCCAGUAGUAAUUGGGACCAAAUCAAUGCUAGAUGGAUAUGGGAUAACAUUCGGAAUAGGUGUGAGAAGGUAUGUUGGCACCGCCUGGUGUGGUUUCCUGGCCAUAUCCCAAAGUUCUCGCUGAUCUCAUGGAUGGAAAUCUUAGACAGACUGCCCACAAAGGACAGGCUUUCUAGAUUUGGUGUAGUAACGGACAGAGGUUGUGGUAUGUGCAGCUCUGGUCUUGAAUCUCGCGACCAUCUCUUUUCUGACUGUGCAUACACAAAGGAAAUCUGGACUGCUAUUCUUCUUUCCUGUGGUCUUUCUCAGGCACCCCUCGACUGGAAUGGCUCUCUCCAGUGGUUGUUGCUUAACCUUAAGGGUAAAUCUCUGCUGGUGCAUAUUCUCAAGCUGGCUUAG